AUUUUUUCUGUCUCUGAGAGAAAAUCGCACGCCUAUGGAAAGAGGUUGAGGAUAAGCCACUUGUGGGGAGCUCGUGCAGGAACCACUUCCCACGACUCCCCAUUCCCAUCAACGGCUCAGGAUUCACUACCCCAGUGGGCAAGAAAAAUCUAUUACCGUAGUAGCCAUACAACAUCUUAGUUUCGCUACUAUCUUUGCUCCCACAUUUUUGAGAAAUCAAGAGCAAAACAGGGAGGUACGUGCUCCUGGUAGAUAAGAUAAUGGCUUCUCUUCCCAUUGGCUUUGCUUCUCCUUCUGUUAGGGUGUAUGCAGCCACUGCAGCAGGAGGAAGCAAAGAGGAGAAGGGGCUUCUUGAUUGGAUUCUUGGGAGUAUGCAAAAGGAAGAUCAGUUCUAUGAGACUGACCCCAUCCUCAAGAAAGUGGAGGAGAAGAACAGCGGUGGCACCACCAGUGGCCGCAGGAACUCUGUUGCUGUGCCUCAGAAGAAGAAGAAGAAUGGUGGCUUUGGUGGGCUGUUUGCCAAGAAAGAUUAAAUUUGUCUGUUAAUCUUAAUCUGUCUGCAUUUGAUGAUUCUUGAACUCUUGUGUUUCUAUCUCUUGUAGGCUGCUUACUCUUUUUGGUCCCUUCUCUUCCAUGUCGAAGAGUUAUGAAUUCAUUAUUGUUACUUGUAACUGUAUGAAUUAAUUUAUUGGUUAAUGCAA